UCAUCAUUAUCCUCUGGACACCUCUCUCUUAAAAGCUGGACAUGCCACACGAGUCUCCCUCACAUAAAAUUUCCUUUAAAGAAAACAAUUUGUUUCUAUUUUAAAAAGAAAACUUUUGUUUUUGUAAGAUUGUAGAUCGAACUUGGCGCUUCUUUGCUUUCUUGAAUCCGAAGGACAGAGCUAAGUAAAGAAGCUGUGGAUCAUGUCGAUGCGAAGAAGAAGUUUGCUUAAGGUUAUUGUCCUUGGAGACAGCGGGGUUGGCAAAACAUCGUUGAUGAACCAAUAUGUGAAUAAUAAGUUUAGUCAGCAGUACAAAGCCACGAUUGGAGCUGAUUUUGUUACCAAGGAACUUCAAAUCGAUGACAGGCUCGUCACACUCCAAAUUUGGGACACUGCUGGGCAAGAGAGGUUCCAGAGUCUUGGUGCUGCUUUCUAUAGAGGUGCAGAUUGUUGUGUGCUUGUUUAUGAUGUUAACUACCUCAAGUCGUUUGAUUCUCUAGACAAUUGGCACGAGGAAUUUCUUAAGCAGGCUAGCCCACGGGAUCCAACGGCGUUCCCGUUCAUAUUGCUUGGUAACAAGGUUGAUAUUGAUGGAGGAAACAGUCGAGUGGUAUCAGAGAAGAAAGCUAGAGAAUGGUGUGCUCAAAAGGGAAAUAUAUGCUAUUACGAGACAUCGGCUAAAGAAGAUUACAAUGUAGAUGAAUCUUUCUUGUGCAUCACAAAACUUGCCCUGACCAAUGAGCGCGACCAAGAUAUAUAUUUCCAGGGGAUUCCAGAGUCUGGUUCGGAGCCUGAGCAAAGAGGAGGAUGUGCUUGCUGAAGAGAAACAUCUGUCUUAGCUAUGCUUGAUUUGUUCCAUUAGUUUUCUUCAGUCUUUUGAUCUUUUGGUGGUUCAGAGAUUUUUUUGCACCAGUUGUUAAAGUAGUAGGAAAAACUCUGUAAAGUCUGACUAUUUCUCUUACCUUAUAUUGUCCGGUUAAACCAAUCUUAAUCAAUCCUGGUUGGCUCUGCUUCGAAACUCUAUGAGGCUAUCUUUGCAAAAUUGGAGUUGCUCUUGGGAUGGUGAUCAACAAGUUAUACAUCAUAUUUCUUGUCAUGAGAUCAUAGGGUUGCUCUGUCACCAUAUCUCGGCAAGUACAAUAUACAUAUCUCAAAGUUCAAAGUCUUGACGGAUCCAUUCAUCACCCAUCAAUAUAAGGAGUUUUUUUUUUUUUUUUUUGAAAAUUCAUGCAUGUUUGUUCUCUUUUUCUCAGUUUUGGCACGAGCCUA